CAGGGCCUAUGCCAUGCACCAGAACAGUAUCGUCGUGCCGCUACUGGCCGUGUUUUGUCUGAUACCGCCGUCACUAGCGCAAACCACUGGCUCCGAUUCGGCUCUGUCUUUUGCUGAAAACGUCUAUAUUAAGCUAUCCAGUGCAUGUAGAGCAAUCAUGGAUCUUCGGUACAGUUCGAUGAAUGCGAAUAAUGAACUAGUUAAAACAAUGAAAAUUGUGUGGAUCGACGGAAAUGAGAUGAAGACAUAUCCUAUCGAUGAAUCGUUCAAAGCCUUGACGAGUGGUUUAAUGUUUGAUAUCACUAAACAGACCAAGAUAAUCAUUCACGGAUAUAGAGAUAGCUCUCAGUCUCAAGUGCCUCUAGAUAUGGCUAAGGCAUACAAUGAAAAAGCUAUGUUUAAUGUAAUGAUGAUCGACGCAGAGGAACUGAUUAAUAAGGGUUAUAUAUUUUCCGUUCACAACUCUCGUUUGGUUGGAAAACGGCUCGCUAAUCUUUUGGCCAAUUUGGAAAAGUUCGGAGCUAAUUCGGAGGAUUUUCAUCUUCUCGGCAUCAGUCUCGGGGCGCACAUCGCCGGAUGGGCGGGGAAGUAUUUUCGACGUUACAAAGGCCGCAAUUUGGGCCGCAUUACUGGAUUGGAUCCAGCCGGCCCGUGCUUCUCGUACGCUUAUGCGGACCAGAGGUUAGAUAAAUUGGACGCGAAUUAUGUUGACGUUGUGCAUUCAAAUAGACUAGUCCAAGGUGUAAUUGAACCGCUGGGCCACGCAGACUUUUAUGUUAAUGGCGGAGGCCCGAACCAACCGGGGUGUAUGUCACCUUCGUGCAGUCAUUUGCGCGCAGCUCAACUAUACACAGAAAGUAUUAGAAGCCCAAAAACUAUAGUUGGUGUUAAGUGUGUGAAUUGGCAGUCAUUUAUAGGUAACAAAUGUGAGAAUAACGAUUUCGCAGUGCUAGGUUAUGGAUCGUCGUCCACAACUCGCGGUUUAUACUACCUGCGAACGUCUGCCAGUGCUCCCUUUGGACUUGGUAUGAGUGGAGCUAAAAAUGUUCAAGUCAAGGAAGAUAAAUGGCUCGCAAAUUUAAAUUUAACAUAAUUUUGUAUGACAAGUCUAGUGUUUUUUUUAAUACGCUGUAAAUAUAUUGUUGCCAUAUU